CCUUCCUCUUUGGCUUGUCUAAUCAUCUUCUCUUUUACAAUGUCAACCAUAUUCCGGUAGCUUCACUCUCAACCACCGCAAUCCAUUUUCAUUUCUUUUCUCCUUACUUUCAAUCUCUCUACACAUAUAAAUACCUCGCCAUAGCUUUGAAUUCAGAAUCCACUUUCGUGUAACACUCAGAGUUUCAGCGGGAUAGAUCGGACAAAAGAGGAAGAAGAAAAGAGAUUUACAUACAUAUAUAGUUUCAUGGCGGAUGAGUUCUCGACGGCCGCCGUAUGCGGAGGAGGGUGGUGGAACCCGACGAGGAACAUGUUCGGAUCGUAUCUGUGCUCCGCGUCGAUGAACGAUAUCGGGAGCUUUGUUGCAUGGCCGCCGAGUCAUCACGACGGGGAAGUCACGGCGGAGGUCAAUGGCCGGCCGCCGAGUACUGACCACUCUCCCACCGCCACCGCCGCCGCCACAGACGACUGGAACCAAGUUUUAAUGCAAGAUAACGAAAGGGGUGACCGGAGUUAUGGUUCUAUGCUACAAGAAGACUUGAAUUACGGGGUGCAGGAGACUUUGACAGUAAUCCCAAGCUCCAGUCAAGAAUUAUCCACUAGUUUCCCCAUUACCUCGUACAACAAUUAUCCUCCGAAUUUGCUGAAAUCUAUGUUCGACGCAGAUCCUCAUCAACCUCAUCAGCAGUGUUUGAUAAGUAGCCAGCCAGUAAUCAGCUACGCACCGGCGACUACGGCGGCGAUGACGAAUUAUGGACCAAACUUGAGUGACUUUUCACCUUCCCCCCCUAAAUUCUCCUCCCUCCUCAGCCCAACUAACCACCACUUACAGUUCCCCAGUUCCAUAUCUUUAUGGGAUUCAUCGCUCACCUCUUGUUCUUUCCCAUCUCCGACAUUUACUGACAAGAAACCUGCCAUAACUGCAAAGUUGAAUGGUAGUAAUAAUAAGGAGCUUCGGGAUUCAAGCUGUGUAGCUAACAAAACCAAACCAGAUUUCAAGCGUCCAAGAAUAGAAACGCCAUCGCCAUUGCCAACUUUUAAGGUCCGCAAAGAGAAGCUGGGGGACCGAAUAACUGCCCUCCAACAAUUGGUGUCACCUUUUGGAAAGACUGAUACUGCCUCAGUUCUCCAUGAAGCUAUUGAGUACAUCAAGUUCCUCCAUGAUCAAGUCAAUGUUUUGAUUACUCCCUAUAUGAAAAACGGGUCGCCAUCCGAUCAGCACUCUCAACAGAAUACUGAGGAGGUUUUGGAUGAAGAAGGGUUGUCAAAACAAGAUUUAAGGAGCCAAGGGCUAUGUCUAGUGCCAAUGUCAAGCACAUUCCCUGUGGCUGCUGAGACAACAACUGAUUUCUGGACACCAACGUUUGGGGCAAAUUUCAGGUAGAAACUACUGUAUAGGGAAGAGAUUGAAUUAUUGUUCGGAGAAGUUAAAAGAAGUGAGUUUUGGUGAUUUCUUUAGACCUUUGGGUUUCUUAAGGAAAAAAAGGGAAGACAGGAUAGCAAUGCUGGGCCAUGAAGAGGCAGAAGGGCAUUAUGUUUUCACAAACCAAAUGAUGAUUAAGGUUGAAUUAAAGGAUAACGUUGUAAUAAUAAUGAAUAAUUAAGAAUAAUAUGGAGGUUAGGAACAGGUGCAAAUUUAGUUGAUGAUGAUUAUGAGGGUUUAGCUAGGUUAUUAAUAUAAUAACUUAAUUAUAUUAAUUAACCAAUGUUAUUAUUGUAUGUAGUGCAUGUAUGUGUUGUGUUGUUGUUGGUUGAGCUCAAAGUUAGCAGAUCAGAUUACUUAUUACAAAGCAACUUUUGUUCAAUUCCCUUUUUCUAUAUUCAUUUGUAGGGUUCCAUUGUUGCAACCACUUCUUUGUUUAGCUGUUGAAAAGACAAGAAACAAAAAAAA